CCGGGCGCAACCACGGGCUCCCAGGCAGCCUCCGUCAACCGGACCCCGCCUCCCUCCUGAUGCUGCUCGUGAACGCCGCCGAGCCCGUGCGCAGCGGAGCGCGGGAGCUCGCGCUAUUCCUGACCCCCGAGCCUGGGGCCGAGGCGAAGGAGGUGGAGGAGACCAUCCAGGGCAUGCUCCUCAGGCUGGAAGAGUUUUGCAGCCUGGCUGACCUGAUCAGGAGUGAUACGUCACAGAUCCUGGAGGAAAACAUCCCAGUCCUUAAGGCCAAACUGACAGAAAUGCGUGGCAUCUACGCCAUAGUGGACCGGCUAGAGGCCUUCGUCAAGAUGGUCGGACACCAUGUCGCGUUCCUGGAAGCGGACGUACUUCAGACUGAGCGGGACCAUGGGGCCUUCCCGCAGGCCCUGCGGAGGUGGCUGGGAUCCGCAGGGCUCCCCUCCUUCAGGAACAAGUCGCCUACACCAGUACCCAUGACGAAUGAACUGCACACACUGUAAAGGACGGAGGACUAUUUUCCUGCGGACGCCAGGGAGGCACAGCACCACCCCCGCACCUGCCCUCGGCCUUUGUGAGCUUUGUGGUCUUCCCAUCAGGAAUGCUGGAAAAGUGACAUUGUGUACAUGCUGCGGCUUGGGGGGUUUUUUCUUUGUAUUGCUGUUUAUUUUAUAUUUUAAAGAUAUUUUUUAAAUGUCGAGAUGGGCUCUCACUAUGUUGUCCAGGCUGAUCUCAAACUCCUGGGCUCAAGUGAUCCACCUGCCUCGGCCUUCCGAAGUGGUGGGAUCACGGGCAGCAGCCUCCGCGCCCAGGCUGCUGCCAUUUUCAGAUUUCCUCCCUGCCUCAUGUGAGACUACAGGGUUUGGAGAAGCAGUUGGAACCCACGUGUGGUGCCUCCCACGUUGGCCUGC